AACAGCGAAGCUUCGUGCCCCCCAUCACCCGCCCCGAUUUUGGGAUCGAGGCCGUUGCUGAGAUCGCACAGCGAUCCCGGAGCUGCGAUGCUCAGAGAUAACGAUUUCAGGGAUGUUCUUUAUACCAAAGCAAUGGAGGACGCCGUGUCCACUUUCUCUGCGGAUACAGCGCCGUACUCUGAGCUCUGCCCUCUGCACCGCCCGCCCCGCGAUCCCCCCCCGCUGCUCCGCGCCGCUUCGAUGGGAAAAAACAAAGCGUUGCCCCCCCCCAAAAAGACCCCCGCCCGUUCUUUGGGGGAUCUGAAGGUUUGUCGGGGUUUGGUCGCACGAUUCCUGCACCGCCCCAAGCACGGCGUGCACGGUCACAAGCAGGAGGGGAUUCAUUUACGAAGCUGCGGGGAUUUGAGCUCCACGUCGUCCCUUCGCCGCCUCCUGUCCGCCCGGCGCCGACCGCGGAGCCUCAGCGGGAGCUGCAAAGAGAGCGCGCUGUGA